ACACAUUUUUCAAGUGCAUUUAAAAUGUCUUAUCAUUUGAACAAUAUCGGUGGAUUUCAUUUGAUUAUUUCCAUUAACUUAUUAUCUAUACAACAUAUAUCAAUUCGUGUUUCUCGAGUUUGGACGAACUGGCAACCAAAUUUGAGAGUUGAGAUUACUGGAUAAUGAUAAUUGAUUGUUGGAUAAAUAUGUUUAUCCCAAUUGACUAUUUUACUAAAAAUUGCCAACCUUUAUUUGCUAAAUGUCUAAGUUAGUAGUUGAUGAAACGCGGUGUUUAUCGUAGAUACUCAACUAAGAUUCUCUAACAUUCCUUAUGUUUUUUCAAGGAAUCUUGUGUCUCAUCCUAGGGUAUGAAGUCAAAGUUCGUCAACAAUCAUACUUAAGUCAUUUUGAAAAAAUUUAUUUAUAAUCGUUGACGAUAAGUCCAAGUCUGAAAGAAAAUUUUCUUAGCAUACGACUUAGGACCUCAAUAGAGCUUGCUCAAUCAACAUGAUAUAGAACAAAUAUUAUUGAUGUGAACUUAGGACACAUUAUAAAAUUAUUGCACAUGUGAUUUCUCUUCAUUUGAGGAGUUUAAGGUAGAACAUGAUGUGAGGAAUAAGAAGUCUUUUUUAAAUAAAUAACUAUAACUACUCGAUCAAGAUUAUACUCUGACAUUUUGCUAAAUAAUACUUAUUUUAUUUUAUAGACAUAUAAUUUACGAAUAAGAGAGUGUUUCAUUGCAACAAAAUAUAAAGUAAUAUAGUUUAUUUUUCAUAGGUAAUUGAAUGUCAAAUGUUUAUUUUCUCUCUUUUCAUAUAAUUUUUUUAAUCGAAAAAAAUUUAUUGUUUAUGUGUAUGUUUGUCUAAUUUCCAUAAAAAUAUAACUUAUCAUUCAAUUUUAGCAAAAAUGAGUAAAAACAUUACUUCAUAAGGUUUAAUCAGAUAUUUUUUAUUUAAACAAAUGUGGUAUAUGUUACUUUCUGUUUUCUUAUUUAUAUUUUUUUUACUGGACAAAAAAAUUAUUAUUUAUGUGUGUUUGGUUAAGUUUAUCAACAUGUAACAUACUAUUAAAGCAAAAAAAAAAAGUUAAAAGAAAUGGAAAUAUUAAAGAAGAGAGAGGUAGCUCCAUAAAUACAUUAAUAACUAAUUUUUUUGUUUGUAAAAAAGUUGUCCAACUUGGCAAAUUGUGGAUCCUCCAAGUGCUUAUGUGACAAGAGAUUUCUUUUGAAUUGCCAUAAUAUAUAGUAUAGAUAGAUAGAUAUAGAUAGAUAGAUAGAUACAUAGAUAUAGACAUGAGAGAGUAGGUGAAGUUAAUUAUUCUUUAUAACAGUAAAGUUAGUAAUUGAAUUAAUAAUUAAUUUUAUUUUGUGUUGGGAAGCAAAUUGAAAAGGAAAAAAAUAUGCAUGUAUGUGUGUCCCUCUCCUUUUCUCUCCAAUUUAGAGGGAGGGUUCAACAGUAGCAACUAGCAAUAGCAAGAAGAAGAAGUUUUCCUUACCCAUUUUCCUUCCACUAAAAAACAAGAGAAAGUGUAUUGCAAGUCCAAAUUUCCUUCCCCAAAUUUCCUUUCCCUCCUUUUCUUUCCUUAAGAAACAUAGCGUGCAUAUUUUAUGGUUCGAGAAAUCAAAUUAAUCAAUGAGCAUUGAGAGCUCUCAAAUUCUUGAAAGCGGGUGAUGGACGACGGCUGCUGCUUAUCUCAUGUAUUCAUUAGAGCUGCUUCGAAGAACACCCGGAAAUUGGCAGUUAUAGUUGCUGCACCGUCGAGAACUGGGCGCGGCGGCGGCGGCGACGAUCGGGUUGCAACCGUCGUUGGCGUCGAACCUGACGAUUCUUCUUCUCCAACUCAUUCGAGACCGCUGGUGUAUGAAGGCGACGAGACUUUCACGUUCGGUGAUCUAGUGAAGUCUGUCGAGUAUCUCACUUUUCGGUUCCGAUCAGUUCUCGAUGGCGACAGGGGUGACCCUCAAUUCUUCUGCUCCCAAAGUUUACCAGGGAACAGCAAUCAAAGGGAUCAUGGACGUGGUGUCACUGAAUUCUCAGGACCGGAGGAUGCUGCCGAAUCAAAUAAGGCUUAUCAACCAAAGAUACUCGGACUCUACAUGCCACCAUCUGUGGAGUACAUAGUGUCUGUUCUUUCGGUCUUGAGAUGUGGGGAGGCAUUCCUGCCACUUGAUCCCGGGUGGCCGAGGGACAGAAUACUGCAAAUUAUUUCUUCUUCCAGUGUUGACCUAAUCAUCACUUGUGCUUCCUUGUUUGAAGAAGAUGGUUCAGAUGAGCCUAAUAAACUUGAUUGGCUUGCUGCAUCAAGUGGAUGUCCCAUAUUGUUCUUUACAAUGAGUGAAAGCCUCAAGGAGUGUGUUUCUCCCUCGGGGUUGGUUUUCCCUUGCCAGAGGGAUGCACAGAGGCUAUUCUGCUAUGUGAUGUAUACUUCUGGGUCAACCGGGUUCCCGAAAGGUGUUUGCGGUACUGAACAAGGUCUGUUGAAUAGGUAUCUGUGGAUGCAAGACCUCUAUACCGUGGACAGCAACGAGAUUUUGAUCUUCAAAGCAUCAAUUAGUUUUAUUGAUCAUCUGCAAGAAUUUCUGUGUGCUAUGCUUAGUGCAUGUACAGUGGUCAUCCCUCCUUUCAUGGAACUGAAACAGAAUCCUUCUUCUAUUGUCAACUUUCUCCAGGCUUACAGUGUCAAUAGGCUUACCACUGUUCCUUCACUGAUGAAGGCAGUCAUUCCAGCUUUGCAAAAUGAAUAUGAGUUGCAAAUCCAAAGGUCUUUGAAAUUACUAAUUUUAAGCGGGGAAGUAUUCCCUUUGCCCUUGUGGGACACGCUUUCUAAAUUACUUCCGAAGACCUCUAUUUUGAAUGUAUAUGGGAGUACAGAGGUGUCUGGAGACUGUACAUACUUUGAUUGCCGAAGGUUGCCAAUGAUACUGGAAACGGAGGAACUAAGCAGUGUUCCAAUUGGUGUGCCUAUAACUGGAUGUACAGUUGAAAUAAUUGGUGAAAAUGGUGCUCUGGAUGAGGGAGAAAUCUAUGUCGGUGGUCUCUGUGUUUCUGCAGGUUACUUUUCGAAUUUGACUGUCGUGUCUUCUGACUUCGUAAAGUUGCAUGAGAGUUCCAUCUCUAACUGUUCCUCGGAUAAUCGUGGAGCUCUGUUAUUCCACAGAACUGGUGAUUUUGGGAAAAAGCUCCAAUCUGGAGCCUUAGUUUUCUUGGGAAGAAAAGACCGAACUAUAAAAGUGAAUGGGCAACGAGUAGCUUUGGAAGAGAUUGAAAGUGUGCUCAGGGUACAUCCUCAUAUUAUUGAUGCUGCUGUGGUUUUCAAUGAUGGCCCAGGAGAUGGUUUGUAUGUCAAGGCAUUUUUAGUGUUAAAAGAUAGAGACUUCUUUCUUCAUCAUGUGAAGUCUUCAAUUAGAAGUUGGAUGACUGACAAGGUUCCUCUAGCAAUGAUCCCUAACAGCUUCGUGGUCAUCGAAUCAUUACCCAUAUCUUCCAGUGGAAAAGUUGAUUAUUCUUCUUUGGAGACUUCAACAGUUUCAACCAACCAUGAUCAUAUUGAGGCGGACAAUGCUGGCAAUAGCAAUCUCUUGCACAUUAUCAAGAAGGCAUUUUCUGAGGCACUGCUGAUUGAAGUGGUUUCUGGAGAUGACGAUUUCUUUUUACUGGGUGGGAAUUCGAUCACUGCAGCAAAUGUUUCUUAUGGGCUAGGGAUCAACUUGAAAUUGCUUUACAACUUUCCUACUCCAUCUAAACUUCAUGCUGCUCUUAGUAAACGGCAAAUAUGCAGUAGAGAUGUUGUACCUGGAGCAGAAGCAGAUCAUUCAGACAGUUUGUCUUCACUUGAUUCUAGGGCUUCUUCUCUUCUAACCCUUAAACAGAAAUGGCAUCUGAGGAACCCUCCUGAAAAAAAUGAAAGCCAUAUUCCUCCAUCUAAGCAGCUUAAGUUGAGUUUAGAUGAGAGUUGUUCUGCAAAAUCUGCUAGUUUAAAUAAUGAACAUCUUUGGGCAGCCUGGAUCCCGACGUGGCACAUUUUCAGCCGGUGCAACAAUGUAAUGCACGAGGGAGAAUACAAGUUUGACAAUCAACACCAGCUAAUUUUCCGGGCAGAUAGCAUAAAGAAGAGGAAACAUUCUUGUUUGAAGAAGUUCUGGAAAGUCAAUAUGAAGUCCUGUGUUGAUGCAUCUCCACUUCUGGUGUUCAAGGGCAAAGAUGUUUACUUGCUUAUUGGAUCUCAUUCACAUAAGUUCAUUUGUCUAAAUGCUAAGAGUGGGUCUGUCUUGUGGGAGGUCAAACUAGGUGGAAGAAUCGAGUGCUCCGCUGUGAUCAUUGUCGACUAUUCUCAGGUGGUCGUUGGGUGCUAUGAGGGAAAAGUUCAUUUUCUAGAUCUUUUCAGUGGCAAUGUGUGUUGGACUUUCCAAACUGGUGGUGAGGUAUGGCAUUAAAAUGAAUUUCGCUGCAUUUUUCUCCCUUGUUUAAUAGCGCCUGGUCACAUCUGUUCUGAACUUUUGACUUUUAUGAUAAGCAUUGGUUGCUAUAUCUUUUUUUUUUUAAUGGUUUGCUAUAUCUUAUUUGCAUUGCUGAUGCCAAUUAUGUGAUGAUUGCACAGCGUUUUCAUUAUGGCAAUUAAUAGGUCGAACAAAUGUAAGUAAGUUGUCUUUGUACCAGAAUUAGGAAGAUGUGACAGGAAGGAACAUGUUGUAGCAUCCUCUUGAAAUCACAUUAACAACUAUAUUCAUAGCACUAGGGCAUUAAGAAGCUCGUUGUGGGAACCCAUUGGAAGAAUAAUGAGAAGUCUAUUUAAAGGCAUUGGCUUAGUCAAGGGUUUCAAGUAGCUAGGUUAUAAGUGAGUUAUGGUAGAUAUAAGUUUACUGAAACUGCCACAGUAUUGAGACAAACGAUUUCCAUGAAACUCGGCUUUGAUUUUUCAUUUGUAGAGGUCUUCUGUUGUCCUUUUACACUCUUGUUCAAAAAGCUUUCAGCAUUCUGUUCCUGUUGUUAAUAUAAAAUACUUUCCCCCGACAUUUGAAGGUGAAGUGUCAACCAGUGGUGGACGUGCAUAGACAAGUAAUCUGGUAUAAUCUUCAGUAUCUAAGUUCAGUUCUUAAUGUCAUUGUCUUUCCUUGAUUGUUAGGCCUGUUCAGCUUGGUUUUACUUGUUAAGAGAGGUAGGUCAAGUUUUCUUCACUUGCAUGACAGAAAGACUGAAGGUUAUUGUGGUUAACUUUUGAGUGGGUUGGAAUAAGUAACUAUCAAUAUCAAAGGAAGGGUAACUAGUUUCUUCUGCUCGAGUCACAAGUAAAUGGGAGGGAAGAAAGAGUAAAAAAAAUACUCCAAACCAGCACUCAAUCUUGUAGAGAUACUCAAUAUUUCAAUUUUCAUGUAAAACAGAUAUCUUAAAUUGAUGCCUAGUGCUGUUGCGUGAACCUAAAGACUACCUAUUUGUUCAUUUACCGGAUUCAGCACGAAUCAUAAAUAAGCUCUACCAUGGAUUGCCAAGAAUUUGGUACUGAGGUUCCUCCUCAGUUUUUAGUAACAAAAUGAAUCUCUUUUUGGUUGGGCACGCUGUAUGAACUUUGACAUAUUGCUUUAAGACGGGGAAUUUUAAGAAUUGAACCCUGGAAAUUAAAUGAAGUGCAGGUUACCGUGUGUUAUUCACCAAUUAUUUCAAAGUUCCCCUUUAGAUGGCAUUGACUUUGGGAAGAAAUUUGCAGGUGCGGUUCACAUGAUCACAACUUAUAUGCUCUUGACUACAAAAGCCAGCGCUGUGUAUACAAGCUUGAAUGUGGUGGCAGCAUCUUUGGGUCUCCUGCCAUUGAUGAGGUGAUUAUUGCUUUUCAGUCUUCGUAUCAUUUGCUCAUUUUCUUUCUCAUUAUGGAAAAUGCGUAGAAAGAUGAUGUAAGCAUACAGUUCAGCCUGCAAUCACUUUCAAGUUAUUUUGAACUCACCUUCCAUUUGACUAUUUGCUGUAGGUCCAUAAACUCCUUUAUGUCAGUUCUACUAGUGGUCGUGUAACAGCUACAUGCCUAGAGGUAUGACCAUUGACAGGUUUGUCCUUGUUUUUCUCAUCCUGGGAGUUCUUUUUUGUUUAACAUUACAUGGCAAUGUCUCGCGUCUCAAUGAUAAUAAUAUUGCCAGCAGCAUUCACUGUGCAUGUGACCAGCUUUCUACGCUGCUAUUUUAUAAAUUUGAAUUUACCGAGUAGUAGGAUUUCUAUGGUAGCUUACAGAUUUGGAUGGAAUGGGCGAAGCAUUAUUCACUUGCAUAAUGAUUAAACGACAAGAAAUUGAGCUGGUGUGCUGGGGAGAAUGUCAAUUCCGGGUAGUGUUUUAAUCGACAGUAUUUGCACUUGUAGCUGAUCAUUGGGUCAGCCUGCCACCUCAAGUGCUCCUACCCAAAUUUGUCUGCAGCUGCAUAAAGAACUGUGCUGACU